AUGACUGCCGAGCCACAGGGGAACGCGGCGCUAGACCGCUCCUUCCUCGAAGUGGACGUUGACGAGCUCCUCUGCCAGCUCACGACCGAGGAGAAGAUCAGCCUGCUCGCAGGCAAGAAUUGGUGGGAAACCGUGUCAAUCCCCCGCCUCAAUGUGCCAAGUAUCAAGGUCACUGAUGGGCCAAACGGCGCGCGUGGCUCGUCGUUUUUCAAGAUGACCAAGGCCAGCGCGAUCCCUUCUGAGACCUGCCUGGCCUCGUCAUUCUCGACGGAGCUCGUAGGCAAGGCCGGCGCGCUCCUGGCGGAGGAAGCCAAAGCGCGCGGCGCCGUCUGCCUCCUGGCGCCGACGAUCAACAUCCAACGCUCACCGCUGGGCGGCCGCGCCUUCGAGUCGUUCUCCGAAGACCCGACGCUUUCGGGCCACCUGGCGGCGGCUUACGUCAACGGCCUGCAGACGUCGGGCGUCAGUGCGUGCAUCAAGCACUUUGUCUGCAACGACCAGGAGCACGAGCGUAACGGCGAGGACAGCAUCAUCGCCGAGCGCGCCCUCCGCGAAAUCUACCUGCGCCCGUUCCAGAUUGCGCAGCGCGAGGCGGGCCCGUGGGCUAUGAUGACGUCGUACAACAAGGUCAACGGGACGCAUGUGAGCGAGAACAAGCGCCUCCUGCAGGAUCUCCUUAGAAAGGAGUGGGGAUACGACGGCCUCCUCGUCUCCGACUGGUACGGGACGUACUCCGUGUCGGACAGCAUCAACGCGGGGCUGAGCCUCGAGAUGCCGGGCCCGACGAUCUGGCGCCAGCCUCGUAUGGUCCAGCAUCUUCUUACGUCGCACAAGCUGGAGAUGCGCACAAUCGACGCUCGUGCGCGCGAAGUGCUCGCGUGGUGCCAGAAACUCGCCCAGCUCAACCCCGAGCUCGUGUAUCGCCCGCCGAUGCCCGAGCGCACGCGCGACAGUGACUCGGAGCGCGCGUCCGACGCGGCCAUCCUCCGCCGCCUGGCGGGCGAGGGCGUAGUGCUGCUCAAGAACGACGGCGUCCUUCCCAUCCGCCAAGGGCGUGUGGCCGUCAUCGGCCCGAAUGCCAAGACGCGCGUCAUUUCGGGCGGCGGCAGCGCCGCCCUUAGACCCCUUUGGACGGUGAAUGCGUGGGAGGGGCUCAACGACGGCAAGCCGGCCGGCGUCGACCUCUCGUACUCGCUCGGACUGCAGGGCGCCAAGUUCCUGCCGAUGCUCGACGAGUGCUUCACCACGCUCGACGGCAAGCGGGGCUUCGAGCUGCUGCACUACGCCACGAACGCCAAGGGGGAGGUCGCGCAGCAGCCCACCGUCACGGACACGCACGACGUCAGCGACAUGUUCCUCGCCGACUUCCGGCACCCGGGCCUCGGGGCGCACUACGUCACCGAGGUGCGCGCGAGAUUCACCUCCCCCAUCACCGGCCGCUACGAGUUCGGCCUCUCCGUCACCGGCCAGGGAUGGCUGUACAUUGACGAGGAGCUGGUCAUCGACAACGCGACCAAGCAGACGAUGGGCUCGAAGUACUUCGGCAACGGCACGGUCGAGGAGAAGGGUUCGGUCGCCGUCGAGAAGGGCAAGACGUACACGCUGCGGGUGGUGCACGACUCGCGCCUGCCCCCGUCUCGCGCUGUGUCCGGCACGCCGUUCAUCGUCAAGGGUAUCCGCAUCGGCGCGUUCCCGCUCAUCGACGCGCAGCAGGCGAUGGAUGACGCUGUGGCCGCUGCGCGUGCGGCCGACGCUGUGGUGUUUGUUGCCGGCCUCAACGCCGACUACGAGAGCGAGGGCUACGACCGCCCCACCCUCAGCCUGCCGCUCACCUCGGAUGAGCUCAUCACGCGCAUAGCCGAGGCCAACCCGAACACGGUGGUGGUGGUGCAAGCCGGCUCGGCGGUGAGCAUGCCGUGGGCGAGCAAGGUCAAGGGCAUCAUGCAGGCGUGGUACGGCGGCAACGAGGCGGGCAACGGCAUCGCCGACGUCGUGUACGGCAAGCGCAACCCGUCGGGGCGCCUGCCCCUCUCCUUCCCGGUCAAGGAGAGCGACAUCCCCUCCGCGCUCAACUUCAAGAGCGCGCGCACGCGCGUGCACUACGACGAGGGCAUCUGGGUCGGCUACAAGCACUACAAUGCGCGCGGUAUCGCGCCGCUCUUCCCCUUCGGUCACGGGCUGAGCUACACGACGUUCGAGUACUCGGACCUGGCGAUUGACGUGAAGAAGGGCGACGAGUGGCGCGCGACCGCGCGCGCAACCGUCACGAACACGGGCACCGUCAAGGGCGACCACAGCGUGCACUUUUACACCGCGCCGCCGCCCGAGUCGCCCACGGGCCUCCGCCAUCCCGAGGUCACCCUGCAGGGCUUCGCGAAGGUGUACGACCUCGCGCCUGGCAAGAGCGCCACGGUUGAGGUGCAGCUUGACAAGUACGCCAUCUCUCACUGGGACGAGUACGACAACACGUGGAAGGCAGAGGUGGGCGAUUGGGCCCUCAAGAUCGGCCAGGACGCACAGACCAUGGUCGCCGAGGUGCCGUUCACCGUCAGCAGCGAGAUGGCAUGGGCCAAGUUGUAA